CCUGACGCGCCCCCGGCGGCGGCCGCGCAGCCCUGGCUCCUCGCGGGCUCGGGCGGCGGCUGCGGCGGGGCUAUGGCGAGUGGCGGUGGCGGUGGCGCUGGUAACACCGGCGCAGGUGGGGGCUCGGGGCUGGGCCUGGGCCUCGGCCUGGGCCUGAGCCUAGGCAUGGGUGAGGCCACCGGCGAGGCGGAGGAGGAGGCUGCCACGGCCGAGGCGGUGGGACGCCUGGCCACGGCUCUGUGGCUGCGGCUCCGCGGCUGGGAGGCGGUGCUGGCGGCAGCGCAGCGGCUGCUGGUGUGGGAGAAGCCGCUGCACAGCCUGGUCACGGCGGCCGCGCUCAACGGCCUCUUCUGGUUGCUGUCUUCCUCCUCCCUACGGCCCUUCUUCCUACUCAGCAUCUCACUUUUGGCCUAUUUUCUGUUGGAUCUCUGGCAGCCUCGCUUCCUCCCUGACAUUCCAGCAUCAUCCCCAGAGGAGCCACACUCUGACAGUGAGGGUGCGGGGUCAGGCGCCCGGCCGCACCUGCUGAGUGUGCCCGAGUUGUGCAGAUACCUGGCUGAGAGCUGGCUCACCUUCCAGAUUCACCUGCAGGAGCUGCUGCAGUACAAGAGGCAGAAUCCAGCUCAGUUCUGUGCUCGCGUCUGCUCUGGCUGUGCUGUGCUGGCUGUGCUGGGACACUAUGUUCCGGGGAUUAUGAUUUCCUACAUUGUCUUGCUGAGUAUCCUGCUGUGGCCCCUGGUGGUUUAUCAUGAACUGAUCCAGAGGAUGUACACUCGUCUGGAGCCCCUGCUCAUGCAGCUGGACUACAGCAUGAAGGCGGAAGCUGAUGCCCUGCAUCACAAACACGACAAGAGGAAGCGGCAGGGGAAGAAUGCACCCCCCGGAGGUGAUGAGCCACUGGCGGAGACAGAGAGUGAGAGCGAGGCAGAACUGGCUGGCUUCUCCCCAGUGGUGGAUGUGAAGAAAACAGCACUGGCUUUGGCCAUUACAGACUCAGAGCUGUCAGAUGAGGAGGCUUCUAUUUUGGAAAGCGGUGGCUUCUCUGUAUCCCGGGCGACGACUCCACAACUAACUGACGUGUCGGAGGAUUUGGACCAGCAGAGCCUGCCAAGUGAGCCAGAGGAGGCCCUGACUCGGGAGCUGGGGGAGGGAGAGGAGGCAGACCUGGCCCCUCCCGAAGACCUGCUGGGCUCCCCUCAGGCCCUCUCAAGGCAAGACUUGGACUUGGAGGAGGAAGAAGAUGUGUCAUCCAAGGAAACCUUGCUUCGGCUCUCAUCCCCCCUUCACUUUGUGAACACGCACUUCAAUGGGGCAGGGUCUCCCACAGAUGGAGUGAUGCUCUCCCCUGGAGGACCAGUGGAGACACUGAGCCCAGAGGCAGUGAGUGGUGAUCUCAUCACUCCACCUAGCGCCCUGUCACCCCUACUUUGCCUUGCUGAAAAUGACCCGGCCCCUUCCCCCUCAGUACUCCCGCCUCUUCCCCAGGACUCACCCCAGCCCCUGCCUGCCCCCGAGGAAGAAGAGGCACUCACCACUGAGGACUUCGAAUUGCUGGAUCAGGGGGAGCUGGAGCAGCUGAAUGCAGAGCUGGGGUUGGGGCCAGAGACAUUCCCAGAGCCCGCUGAUGCUCCACCCCUAGGGCCCAAUACCCCGUCUCUGGUACAGUCAGCCCAAGAGGCUCAGGCCACGGCAGAGCCAUGAACCCCAGGGGAAGGAGUUGCAGGCACAGUAGGGCUUCUUGGCUAGGGAUGUCACUGUUUCCUCCUUUCCCUACUGCCCUGGGGAGGAGCAAUAUGUGGGGAAGCUGGCUGUCAGACGGAGCCAGUCCGCCCUCCACCUGCCUGCCUGCCUGCCUGCCUGCUGUCCUGGGCCUGGUACAGUACCUGGGAUUGGUUUUAAGCUUGUAAAUAAUUUUACAUUUGGGUUAGUGGAUGUGAACAGGGCUAGGAGAGUCCUUCCCACUUGCUUCCCUGCCUCAACUCUAGUCUCAUUCCACGAUGCCCCAAGCCCUGGUGGUCUGUCCCUUUCUUUUUCCUCCUAUCCUCAGGGACCUGUGCUGCUCUGUCCUCGUGUCCCACUCAGUUGUUUAGUUCAGGCACUUUAUCAUUUUUCUCUCCUGUCCCACGCCCCUCUCUGCUUUAUUUCCCUGCUGUGUCCUGUCCUUAGCAGCUCAAUCCCCACUCUUUGCCAGCUCCUCCUUCCCAGCAGGCCCCGGCUAAGCUUUAGGGAGGCUCCUGUCUGGGAGGUGCAGACGAAGCCCGGGGUGGUGGGUCAGGUCAGUAGUUAUGCACUUAGUCGCUGUAGCCCGUGUAACCUCCACUGCACCCUUGCCCUGGUUCAUCCCAGCCUUUCCCAAUGCAGGAUGGGAGCAGGGAUCCCACAGCACAUGCGCCAGCACGACGUUAGUGAGCAGGAGCUCUGUCUUGUGGGGCGAGGGGCUUUCUUAACUACCUUAGGGAGGAAUAAGGAGACCUGCUUCUCUGGGCCAUGGUCCAAGAGUGGUGGGACCCCCUACUAGGGUCAGGAAGUGGACAGUAACAUCUGUGCCGGUGUUGACUGGAACAAUAAAGUAUUGAUGGCUAGAACUGCUGCUGCCUGCCUGCCUCACUGUGAGCUAUCUCCCUCACUCUGUGCUCUGCCCUUAUUUCGUUGUCCCCCAUCUUGCUCCCCCAUUUAUUUACCUUCGUGCAAAACAAGGCAAGAAGCAAGGAUAACCCUGACAUAACCUGCCCUUAGCCAUGUUCUCUGAUGGUGUGAUAUGCUUGGUGAGAUUGAGCACGUACAAAUAAAUUGUAUGCAGGAGGAAAUUGCUUUGGCUUCCCAGUCAGUAGAAA